AUGGAUGGCUACUUGCGGGAGAUCCAAGGCUGUGCCUCGCUCGAUCGCGCAAGAGAUCUCCACGCCAGCGUCGACCGCUCGCUGCGAUCUGGGGAUAUCUUCCUCGGCAACAAGAUCGUCGAGAUGUAUGGACGCUGCGGCAGUCCCGGCGAUGCCAGCAGCGCCUUUCGAUCCAUGCCGGUUUGGGAUUCCUUCACUUGGAAUCUCUUGCUUGGUUCUCAUUGCAAGAAUCGCGAUUUGGAGGGCGCACGAGAUGUUUUCGAUGGCAUGCCCAGCGCGGCCAAGGACAUGGUGUCGUGGAACACGAUCUUUUCGGCAUAUGCCCGCUCGGGGCAACUGUCGGUGUGUCGGGAGAUCUUUGAAAAAAUGCCCGGAAGAGAUCUUGUGUCGUGGAACACAAUGAUUGCUGUCUCUACGCAAGCGGAAACUACGGACCAUGCGAAGGGAAUCUUUGAUGAAAUGAAAGAGAAGAACUUGGUGUCUUGGAACUCUUUUCUUGCGGUAUAUGCCCGAGCGAGGCAUCUGGAAAACGCUAAGGCGGUCUUUUUGGCAAUGCCUCUGCGGGAUUUAGUCGCCUGGAACUCGUUGCUGGCUGCGAGCAAAGAUCUGAAGGAUGGAGUUCAUGUUUUCUUGCAUGAAAUGCCGGAGUAUGAUCAAAUCUCUUGGAACGCAAUGCUAGAUAUUUAUGCUACUAAUGGGCAUGUUGAAGAGGCCAGGGAGUUUUUUACUGCGAUGCCUUCUCGAGACGUGGUGUCUUACACGACGCUGCUUUCGCUAAAUGCCGAGGCUGGGGAUAUAGAAUCUGUGGAAAAGACUUUUGCCUUCAUGCCAGAGUAUAAUUCUGCUUCCAUGAACGCUAUGACUCGUGUGUAUGCGCGAAGCGGUCAUGUAGAUGAAGCCAGGAAAGUUUUUGAUGAGAACCAGUCAGUAAACUUGAUCUCGUGGAACACGCUUCUCACGGCAUAUGCCCAAAACGGGUAUACUUUUGAAGCAGAGAGCAUCUUCAAAGAGAUGCCGAAGAGAAAUGUGGUGUCUUGGAACGCAAUGCUUGCGGGAUAUGCCCACUUUGGGUAUGUCAAAGAAGCAAAGCUCUUAUUCGAUGAUUUUCCAAAGCGGGACCUGGUAACCUGGAACAUUAUGCUUUCUGGUUUUGCACAAAGCGGGUAUUUGGAGGAAUCGAAAAACGUAUUUGAUGAGAUGCCACAGCAAGACGUGGUGUCCUUGACGACACUGCUGGGACUCUAUGCCCAACAAGGACGCAUGCACGACGUUAAGACAUUGUUUGAAAAGGUGGUGGAGUGGGAUCUUGUUUCAUGGACGUGCAUGUUGAUCAUUCUAGCCGAGAACGGCGAGCUAGACGAGGCAAAGAAACUGUUUGAUAGGUUGCGCGAACGGGAUUUAGUGUGUUGGAACGCCAUCCUUCGUGCCUACUCUCGCCAUGGCCAGGUGUUAGAGGUGGAAAAGAACUUCCAGCAAAUGCCACGAAGGGAUCUCACGUCUUGGAAUGCGGUUCUAGCUGCGUACUCUCAAACUGGAGAUUUUGAAAAAACCGAGAGAAUGUUUGGACAGAUGCCUCAGUGGGAUGUUCUAAGCUGGAACUCACGCAUGGAUGCUUUCGUCCAAGGUGGUCAUUUAAAGAAGUCGGAAGAAAUCUUUGAUCUGAUGCCAGAGAAAGAUCAGUUUUCGUGGAAUCUCAUCCUCGCCGUGUGGAUUAAGCUCCAUGAUUUGGAGAAAGCGAAACACGUAUUUGAUUCAAUGCCUUUUAGAAAUGUUGCCUCGGGAACGAUGAUGAUAUCUGCAUAUGCCCAAGAUGGGCAUCUUGAUCAAUCACUCGUGAUGCUCAGCGUCAUGCCUCAAAGGAACGCCUUCACGUGGAAUGUGAUGCUGGGAGCAUAUACUCAGAAUGGGAAUAUGCUGGCUGGAGAAGCACUGUUUGAGACACUGCCGGAGGAGAACUUAGUGUCAUGGGGUGUUCUUCUCGCUGGUUACACCAACAGUGGCAACCAUGCAACAAGCUUGGAUGUAUUAAAUCGCUUGAAGAUGAUCCAUGUCCCGGAAGAGACGUGUUUCGUCUCAGCUUUGAUCUCGUGUAGCUACCUAGGAAGGAUUGAAGAGAGCAAAUCGUGCUUCCUGUCCAUGACGCUCGAUUAUCACAUCAAUCCCAGCAAGCAGCACUACUGCUGUAUCGUAAGCGUCCUCUGCCGCUCGGGGCAUCUGAAUGAUGCUGUGGAGCUUGUCUCGAGCAUGCCUUUCCAUCCCGAUAGGAUGGAGUGGACGUGCUUGCUGGGAGCUUGCAAGAACUUUAAUGAUCUUGCUAGGGGAGCUAAAGUUACUAGCCAAGUUCUUGCACUUGAUCCAGGUCGUGAGACAUCAUAUGUGCUGCUCGCAAACAUAUUUGAGUCGUCUUUGAAACCGAUGAUCACUGACCGAGCUAGAGCUCGACCAUAG